AUGCAAUUGGCAGUGGGCUUUCUCACCCAGCAGUCGAGGCCUGGGGCCCUUACAUCCGGCCGUGUCACUCUCCUCAUCAGCCGGAGCCAGCUUGGUGACUUGCACCUGGAUGGCCCAACUGAAGGCAUUUUAGAUAUCCUGCAAACAACACACGAUCACUGGUACUGCUUCUCGCUCCACCUGUUCGCGCACCCGGCCGUGAGACCCUCCGAGGCAAUGCGUCGGUUAUUGGACCAACAAAUCCGGUUCCCCGUCGUCCUAGACCAGAUGAUAGAGGGCCAAGGGGGUGGGCAAGACUCGAGUUGGUCCUUGGGGCGCGGGUGUAACCACCUGAGCACGCUGAGCAAGGUCGUUGCCCUUCCCAUCUUUGCCAUUCCAGGUCAGGCUCAACUUCGCGUCAAGGCCAACAGCAGACCGGUCUCUCUCCCCGCUGAAGAAGAAGAAGAGAGGCACGCGGUACCUGAACAGCGUGCCUGGCUGCAGAGGGUACCUGAGACACCAACAGCUUGCCUCACGCUCUUGUCGUCCGUUGGAAUGAGCUAA